CCUCCUCCUCCUCCUCCUCCUCCAUUUUGCGAGCGCGAGUCUGUGACGAGCCCGGUUCGCCGCCCGCCCGUCGGGGACGGAUUCUAGUGGGUGGAAGGAGACGGAGACGCCGCGGCAGGAGCGACGACCUGGGACGCGGGCCGCGCGCUGGAGCCCAGGGCUCCGGAGCCGGAGCGGGGCGGGGGCGGCUCGUCCGCGGCAAAUGGAGACUUUGUGAAAUAGGGGCUCUUCCUCCGCCCUAUGGAGAAGGGGGCGGCUGUUUACUUCCUUUUUUUAGAAAAAAAUAUUCGCCUGCUGCUCCUCCCGCUUUCACACGCUAACUUGUUUAUCUCGGCUGCGGUGGCAGCUGCGGACGGCGGCGGGUGCGCGGCGCCCCUGCCCGAGCUGAUAUUUGCUGAUGGACUCCAAAGAAUCAUUAAUCCCCUCCAGUAAAGAAGUCCCCAGCGGUGUGCUUGAUUCCGAGAGGAAGAAUGUGAUCGGUUUCUAUAAAACCUUAAGGGGAGGAGCUACUGCGAAUGUUUCUGCGUCUUCACCCUCACUGGCUGUUGCAGCUCAGUCAGAUUCCAAGCAGCGAAGACUUCUGGUUGAUUUUCCAAAAGGCCCAGGAAGCAAUGCACAGCAGCCAGAUCUGUCCAAAGCUGUUUCACUCUCAAUGGGACUGUAUAUGGGAGAGACAGAAACAAAAGUGAUGGGAAAUGACCUGGGAUUUCCACAGCAGGGCCAAAUCAGCCUUUCCUCUGGAGAAACAGACUUGCGGCUCCUGGAAGAAAGUAUUGCAAACCUCAGUAGGUCUACCAGUAUUCCAGAAAACUCCAAGAGUUCAGCAUCUGCUGUGUCUGGAACCCCCACAGAGGAGUUUCCCAAAACUCAGUCUGGUAUUUCUCCAGAACAGCAAAACCUGAAGGGCCAGGCUGGCACCAAUGGUGGCAAUGUGAAGUUGUAUCCCACAGACCAAAGCACCUUUGACAUCUUGCAGGAUUUGGAGUUUUCUUCUGGGUCCCCGGGUAAAGAAAUGAAUGAGAGUCCUUGGAGACCAGACCUGUUGAUGGACGAAAACAGUUUGCUUUCUCCUUUGGCGGGAGAGGAUGAUCCAUUCCUUUUGGAAGGAAGCUCAAAUGAAGACUGCAAGCCUCUCCUUUUACCGGACACUAAACCUAAAAUUAAGGAUAAUGGAGAUGUGAUCUUAUCGAGCCCCAACAGUGUACCACUGCCCCAAGUGAAAACAGAAAAAGAAGAUUUCAUUGAACUCUGCACCCCUGGGGUAAUUAAGCAGGAGAAACUGGGCCCAGUUUACUGUCAGGCAAGCUUUUCUGGGGCAAAUAUAAUUGGUAAUAAAAUGUCUGCCAUUUCUGUACAUGGAGUGAGCACCUCUGGAGGACAGAUGUACCACUAUGACAUGAAUACAGCAUCCCUUUCUCAGCAGCAGGAUCAGAAACCUAUUUUUAAUGUCAUUCCACCAAUUCCUGUUGGUUCAGAAACUUGGAAUAGGUGCCAAGGAUCUGGAGAUGACAACCUGACUUCCUUGGGGACUAUGAACUUCUCUGGUCGAUCAGUUUUUUCUAAUGGCUAUUCAAGCCCUGGAAUGAGGCCAGAUGUAAGCUCUCCUCCAUCUAGUUCCUCAGCAGCAACGGGACCACCUCCCAAACUCUGCCUGGUGUGCUCUGAUGAAGCCUCGGGAUGCCAUUAUGGGGUCUUGACAUGUGGAAGCUGUAAAGUAUUCUUCAAAAGAGCAGUGGAAGGUAGACAGCACAAUUAUCUUUGUGCUGGAAGAAAUGAUUGUAUCAUAGAUAAAAUUCGAAGAAAAAACUGCCCAGCCUGUCGCUAUCGAAAAUGUCUUCAAGCUGGAAUGAACCUGGAAGCUCGAAAAACAAAGAAAAAAAUAAAAGGAAUUCAGCAAGCCACUACAGGAGUCUCACAAGAUACUCCUGAAAAUCCUAACAAAACAAUAGUUCCUGCAACAUUACCGCAACUCACCCCUACGCUGGUGUCACUCUUGGAGGUCAUUGAACCUGAGGUGUUAUAUGCAGGAUAUGACGCCUCUAUUCCAGAUUCAACCUGGAGGAUCAUGACCACACUCAACAUGUUAGGCGGGCGCCAAGUGAUUGCAGCAGUGAAGUGGGCAAAGGCAAUACCAGGAUUCAAGAACUUACACCUGGAUGACCAAAUGAUCCUCCUGCAGUACUCAUGGAUGUUUCUCAUGGCAUUUGCCCUGGGGUGGAGAUCAUACAGACAAUCAAGUGGAAAUUUGCUGUGUUUUGCACCUGAUCUGAUUGUUAAUGAGCAGAGAAUGACCCUACCCUGCAUGUAUGACCAAUGUAAACAUAUGCUAUAUGUUUCCUCUGAGUUAAAAAGGCUUCAGGUGUCUUAUGAAGAGUAUCUCUGUAUGAAAACCUUACUUCUUCUCUCUUCAGUUCCUAAGGAAGGUUUGAAGAGCCAAGAGCUAUUUGAUGAAAUUAGAAUGACCUACAUCAAAGAACUAGGAAAAGCCAUUGUCAAAAGGGAAGGAAACUCCAGCCAGAACUGGCAGAGGUUUUAUCAGCUGACAAAACUUUUGGACUCGAUGCAUGAAGUGGUUGAAAACCUCCUUAACUACUGCUUCCAAACUUUUUUGGAUAAGACCAUGAGUAUUGAAUUCCCUGAGAUGUUAGCUGAAAUCAUCACCAAUCAACUACCAAAAUAUUCAAAUGGAAAUAUCAAAAAACUUUUAUUUCAUCAAAAAUGACUGCCUUACUAAGAAAGAUUGCCUUAAAGAAAGUUGAAUUUAUAGCUUUUAUUGUACAAACUAUCAAUUUGUCUCAUAGAGGUUUGUUUUAUUUUUCUUUGUUUUUGUCUGUUGUUGCUGUUGUUGCUGUUGUUGCUGUUGUUGUUGUUAAGUAUGCACUACAUGUGGUUUAUAGAGGGCCAAGACUUGGCAACAGAAGCAAUUGAGUCAUCACUUUAAAGUGAUGGGUAAGUAGAUACUGAAAUUUAUUACUUGGUACAUCCUAGAAAUUAGAAAGAACAAUGUGGGAGUAAUCUCCACCAUCAGAGAAGGAUGGCACCCGAACCACCAGUGCCCAAAGUCUGUGUGAUGAACUUUCUGCUCAUACUUUUCAGCUGGCUGGACAACACUUUCUAGACUUUUUGUUGGUGUAUUUUCCCAUGUAUAGUUAGGAUAGCAUUUUUGAUUUAUGCAUGGAAACCUGAAAACAAGUUUACAAGUGUAUAUCAGAAAAGGGAAGUUGUGCCUUUUAUAGCUAUUACUGUCUGGUUUUAACAAUUUCCUUUAUAUCCUUUAAUCAGUGAACUACGCUUGCUCAUUUUUUCUUACAUAAUUUUUGUAUUCAAGUUAUUGUACAGCUGUUUAAGAUGGGCAGCUAGUUCAUAGCUUUCCUUAACAAACUCUAAACAUUAAUCUUCUGCGUGAAAAUGGGUUGGUGCUUCUAACCUGAUGGCACUCAGCUAUCAGAAGACCACAAAAUUGACUCAAAUCUCCAGUAUUCUUGUCAAAAAACAGCUCAUAUUUUGUAUAUAUCUGCUUCAGUGGAGAAUUACAUAGAUUGUGCAAAUUAACCCUUCUAACAGGUAUAGAGCACCUAAUCCAGUGACCUGGGUAAACUGUGGAUAAUGACUACCAAAAACUAAUUUAAAAAUAACUAUUAAGAGGCCCUGUUUGUACCCAAUGCCCUAUUCUCUGAGAUGGUUAGAUGGCAAGAAAGUUGGUAAACUAAAUGUCUUUUGGGACCUUUUGAAGUAGUGUGUAUAAUUUCUUAAAAGUUACGAUUCCAGAUACCAGCUGUAACAUGGCUGAAAGUUUUUUUUAAUCAGACCAAGUAAUUCCUCUCACCAAACUUUACCCAAAAACUAAAUCUCUGAUAUGGCAAAAGCGGCUAAACACCCAUUUUCACAUUCCCAUCUGUCAUCAAUUGGUCUAUCUUUCCUAGUGGUACAGGAAAGCUCAGCUACUGAUCUUUGUGAUUUAGAACUGAAUGUCAGACUUCUAUGUUUGUAGAACUACACAUCCCUACGUGUGCCAUAGAAUUCAACACAAGGCCUGUGAAUUUCUUCACUGUUGAGAAUUAUUUUAAAACAGAAGCUGUAGUAGCCCUUUCUGUGCGCAUCUUACAAACUUUCUGUAAACUCAAAACUUAACAUAUUUACUAAGCCACAAGAAAUCUGAUUUCUAUUCAAGGUGGCCAAACUAUUUGUGUAACAAAACUGAAAAUCUAAUAUUAAAAUACGGAACUUCUAAUAUAUUUUUAUAUUUAGUUAUAGUUUCAGAUAUAUAUCAUAUUGGUAUUCACUAAUCUGGGAAGGGAAGGGCUACUGCAGCUUUACAUGCAAUUUAUUAAAAUGAUUGUAAAAUAGCUUGUAUAGUGUAAAAUAAGAAUGAUUUUUAGAUGAGAUUGUUUUAUCACAACAUGUUAUAUAUUUUUUGUAGGGGUCAAAGAAAUGUUGAUGGAUAAUCUAAAUGAUUCAUAGUGUGUACAAAUGUUCAUACAGGAAACAGUGGUCUCAGAAACAAACAGGUUUGCUCUAGAGCAGUGAUGGUGAACCGUUUAGAGCUUUCAAUGAUACAAACUGCCCCAUGGCAUGAUGCGUGCCAUAGGUUCGCCACCGCUGCUCUAAGGGAAGAUGGAAACUGGCCCUGUGUGCGGUGAAGGUUGCUGAGGCUCUGACCCAAUCAGCUCACAGAGGAAUUAAUUCUUUGCCUCCCCUUCGGACUACCCUUCUCAUUCCAAGAGUGAGUCUGUUAGCACAGGUUUAGUUUACUAAAUCUCCCCUUGCAUUUGCAGUGUGUAAACAAGACAGAAAGGUGGUACUUACAUAUUUAUAGGCAUCACCUAAUAGCAGGGUUAUUUUCACAUACAGCCUCUCCAACAGGCUUAAGAAGUUUGGCAAUAAUAUGCAUAGAGGUACCAGCAAUAUGUAAAUAGUGCAGAAUCUCAUAGGAUGCCAGUAAUACACUAAUUCCUUUCUAUCCUACCAGAGUUCAUUUCCAAGUAAAAUGAGGACAUGUUUAUGUUUCCUUUGAAUGCUUUUGAAUGUUAUUUUCAGUAUUGUGGAAAAAUUAUUUAAUUAAUAAAAAUGUAAUCAUUUGUUUUUUGAAUGCUCUCUAAAAGGGAACGUUCCUUUUGUAAUGGUUUAAAUUUUCUCAAAGUACUUUAGGAUGGUUUGUAACCCAGCUGGUUGUGAAUUUAUGGUGCCUAAGAAAUACCACUUGAAUAUCAGCAAUGACAGUGUUAAAUUUCAAAAAAGAUCUUCUCAAAGUAGAUUGUUCAUUUAUAUAAUGUUCUAUGGUUAAAACCAGAAAGCACGUCACACUUUAAUCUUUAGUCCCAACAACCUUGACUUUCAAAAAAAACGUUGUCAAAAAGUCAACUGACAGUCAUAAAAACUAGGAGGCUUUUCAUUAAAUGAAAAAAGAAGCUAUGCUCCUUUCAAAUAUGUGAGAAAGUUACCUAAUUAUGUUUGAGUAUAAUUACGGAUUGAAGUGGAAAAAAGUUUGAAAGCAGCUUCAUUUUCUAGGUGUGUGGUUUCUUGCCAUCCCAAACUAUAGCAGUAACUUCAGUGAGAGCUGGUGACGAGCCUAGGUGACUCACAACAAAUCCAAAAGUAUAUUUAAAUUACUGGUGGUACAAAGUGACCAUCUUGGUUUUCUUUGCAUUGCUGUGGGAUACUGUACAAGCAGGACUGAAGAGCUAAGGGCUUGGCAUUUCUUCGGUGUACCCUGAUGUGCAGAACUAUCAGAGGGAACCUAAAGGAGCACCUUCUUUCUCUCUGGGGGAAGAGUACUUGGGCACCCCACAAGGAAGGCUACCAUGAUGAGGGGCUGAAGAGCUUCUAAUAAGCACAGGAUGUGCUCUGCGCAAGCACACACAGGAAAGCCAACGUCACUUCAGAAUUUGGAGGGCUGACGGGAGGAGAUGAACAAUUUCAUUUUUAUUUGCCCUACCAUUAGGUCCCUUUUAAGUACCCUAAAACUGCUUCAUGAAAUGAACAACAAUAUUACAUACUUUGGUCUGUCAAAACGCAAGAAUCAUGAUAGCCUUCAGUGAGAUUUUGAUCUUGGUUGGUCACCCCAAUGACUGCAGCUGUAGAUCAAUGUGUUUUUAUGUGCCUGGUUUCAGUGUUCAAAGGGAAAAAUAAAAGUGUACAGAGAACACUUUAAACCACUUUGGGUGAAAGUUUUAUCAUAUUCCAGACUAUUUUCAAUCAGCCUGGUCCACCAAGGAUUCGUGACCAGGUUUUCAGGAAAGGAUUAGCUUCUCUCUAGAAAAUGUCGGAAAGAUUUUAUUUUCUGAUAAAAAGCUGUUUGAAAAUACCCUCCUGAAAUAACUUGCUUAACUACAUAUAGAUUCAAGUGUGUCAAUAUUCUAUUUUGUAUAUUAAACAAAUGCUAUAUAAUGGGGACAAAUCUAUAUUAUACUGUGUAUGGCAUUAUUAAGAAGCUUUUUCAUUAUUUUUUAUCACAGUAAUUUUAAAAUGUGUAAAAAUUAAAACCAGUGACUCCUGUUUAAAAAUAAAAGUUGUAGUUUUUUAUUCAUGCUGAAUAAUAAUCUGUAGUUUAAAAACUGUCUUUUUACCUAUGCAGUGAAAUGUCAUACUGUAAAGUGUGGAAAUGUUUAACUUCUAUUUUUCAUUUAAAUUUGCUGUCUGGUAUUAUCAAACCACACAUUUGUACUGAACUGGCCGUAAAUGUUAGUUAGCCAUUUACAGCAAUGCCAAAUAUAGAGAAACAUCAUAAUAAAACUCUGCUUUUUCAUUA